AUGGAUACGAAUACACCAAAAGUGCCAAAGGGUACUACAUCACCUAGAACAAAUAGGAAUAAUCAUAAUAGUUUGUCACAGACGGGGGAUAGAUCAUCGGGGUCCUGGCGAACUCAACGGGUGCUCCUAACUCGCGUGCCGGGCUACGGCUUUGGUAUAGCGGUCUCGGGCGGUCGCGAUAACCCGCAUUUUGCCAACGGAGAUCCGGCGAUAGCGGUCAGCGACGUUCUGCGCUGCGGACCAGCCGAAGACGUAUUACAAGUGAAUGAUCGCAUAAUAUCGGCGAACGGCAUAUCACUGGAGAAUGUGGAAUAUGCAACUGCUGUGCAAGUAUUAAGGGAGAGCGGUGACACCGUCAGCUUGCUAGUAAAACGGCGUUCUAGCGCUGUUAUUGGUGCAGAAGGUGCCAAUAUUGGUAACGACGCACCUGACUCCACAAUACCUGCUGCUAUCAGGAGAGCUAGCAUGUCCCCUGCAGGUAUGGGACAAACAACAGGAGGCAGUAGUCAUCAUGCCAGGUCCCAGUCUUAUGGAAGUCCAGCUGUCUCACCGCCUCCUUUGCUGCAGAAUGCUAUACAGCAACAAGGCAUUAAAAUAUCUCUCACCAAGGCAGGGAAGAAAGAUGAUUUUGGAAUCGUCCUCGGAUGUCGUCUUUUCAUUAAGGAGUUGUCAUCCAAAGCUAGAGAACAGUUGGCUUUGAGCGGACAAAUUCUGCAAGAAGGUGAUAUUAUCACUCGACUUCAUAAUACGAGUUGCGGAGAUACAAUGGGUCUGAAAGAAGCUCGGAAAAUAAUGGAAGGAUGUAAAGAAAGACUUAGUCUUGUGGUCACUAGAAAUAAUAGUACUAAUAGCCUAAGCAAUGGCACAGCAUUAUUGAAUGGUAAUACAGGGUCAGGUCUGUUAACGCCUUCUACUCCUCAAAACAAUUUGUCCGCAACUAGAAAUACAUCAUAUUCACAUGCUGCCCAAAACUCACAUUGUAGCAUGGAUGACACUCUUUUAUCUUCUGGCCCUUCAUAUUCUGCUCAAAAUUUGUACGUGGUUCCACCAACUAGACCGAACACUAUGCCGGCGUCUUUAACGGAUGACAAAAGCAAUCUUGUUCCGAGAGGCAGAAGUCGUAAUCCUUUAUUGGAUGUAAGUUUAAGCCAGUUAGACAGGCCUAGUACACCUCAAGGAACAGGACAUGGUAGAAGUCGAAGUGCGGUUGAAGAACCACCACGUCCCCCUCCACCUAGGGCUGAAGAUUAUUAUAGUUCUAGAAAGCAAUUGUUUGAGGAUGAUCCACUUAAUAUAAGAAACAAACAAUCAACAUCUGAACCGAGAUACAUAACUUUCAUGAAAGAUCCUGGUGGAUCAGUGGGUAUUCGUCUGACUGGCGGAAAUGAAUGCGGCGUUUUUGUAGCAGCCGUCCAGUCGGGCUCUGCCGCUUUUCAGAGAGGGCUUGAACCAGGAGAUCGUCUGCUGCGAGUAAAUGACGUUGAUAUGCGAGGAGUUACACGCGAAGAAGCUGUUUUACUUUUAUUAGGGCUUCAGGACAGAGUUGAUUUAAUAGUAAAACGGUGUAAGGAGGAGUACGAAAGGGCAAUAGCAAAUCAAAAAGGGGACAAUUUUCAUGUAAAAGCUCAUUUUCACUAUACUGAACCAUUAAAAGGCGAGUCAGGCUUUCGAAGCGGUGAUGUUUUCCGCGUUUUAGAUACUUUACAUAAUGGAGUUGUUGGUUCAUGGCAAGUAUUCAGAGUUGGCAGAAAUAACCAAGAGAUGCAAAAAGCAGUAAUACCAAAUAAGGCAAGAGCGGAAGAGCUUGCAACUGCACAGUUCAAUGCAACGAAAAAGGAAUUAUCAGCAUCAGAAUCACGUGGAAACUUCUUCAGGAGACGAAGAUCAAGUCAUAGACGAAGUAAAUCUUUGAGUAGGGAACAUUGGGACGACGUAGUAUUCUCAGAUAGUGUCAGUAAAUUUCCGGCAUACGAACGUGUGGUACUUCGUCAUCCUGGUUUUAUGAGGCCGGUGGUUUUGUUCGGAGCUGUUGCGGAUUUGGCAAGAGAUCGUUUAUUGAAAGAUUUUCCUGAUAAAUUCACAGCACCUCAAUUGGACAAUAAUUUGUCUGAAGAACUUUCCCGUGGACCUAAAGCUGGUGGUAUCAUUAGACUAUCAGGCAUUCGUGAUAUAAUGGAUAGAGGAAGGCACGCUUUACUAGAUAUAACGCCAAAUGCGGUGGACAGACUGAACUAUGCACAAUUUUAUCCAAUCGUAAUUUAUCUGAAAGCGGAUAGCAAACAUACUAUAAAACAACACCGUCAAGGCAUAGCAAAAUCUGCGCACAAGAGUUCCAAAAAACUUCUGGAACAAUCGCAAAAACUAGAAAGAGUUUGGAGUCACACUUUCAGCGGUCAAGUUACUCUUGGCGAACCUGAUUCUUGGUAGAAACUGCGCGAUUUAAUUGACCAAUUACAAAGUGCUCCAGUGUGGGCUUCUGAAUCCAAGCCCGAAGAAUCUUUGUCGGAUGACUUCUUGUUCCCAAUGACGUCUCGUUUGUCAUAUGCAUCCAGCCCAGAGUCAGAUUUGGAACUGAGCCCUGGUGCGGCUCCCAGAUUAGUCAAGGCAUCCAGCGAUCCGUCAGUUGCAACUGCUCAAGAUAAUGGUGAUCGCGACGAUCUCAACUUAGCUGAUGCAUUACCACCUCCUUAUAGCAGUCCAUAUGACCAUUCAAAUCAUGUUCGAAGAUCAGCUGAUAGCAAGUACGGAUUUUCGCCUUCCGGAUCUGGAGAAAGUACUCCUGGAUAUCCCAGAAAUACAAAUAAUACACAAGCCAGUCAACAAAAUCUUUAUGGCCCGGAUCUUCCACCACGUAUAGAUCGUGCUGUAAAGCCGCCAUCAUUGACACGAUCGGCUACAAGUGCUCAAGAUCGUCUGUUUGGAGGUACAGUUACAAAUUCAACUGCCAAAGACCAAAACAUACCGACCGCAGAUGAAAUUAACGGAUAUCACCAGCAUCAACAGCAACAAAGACAAAAUUCAAAUAGCCAAAACCAAUUAUCUUCUGGUUCAUUGGAUAGAAAUCAGCAACAAAAUAGUACGGUCACUUCUUUAGAUCGCUCUAGGCCAGGUAUCAGGGAAGCACCAGCAGGAGGUAAUGGCUCUUACGACAGCGUAUCGAGUUAUGAUUCUUACAGCAACACUUUGGUUAGAGAUUCUCUUGGAGCGUCUACUACUAGACUAGGUCCCAACGCGCCUGAUGAUCUAAAAUCCGUGCCCCAAGCAAAUAAACAAUUUGAUGUACAAAUGUCUCCACGAAACUCUACUGCCCCAGAUGGACGUGUUAGAGAUGAAAUGGGUAUGAAUCAAGGACGCAGUGGUUCCUACCAUCAACAUGACAGCUCUGUACCACCAGGAUUAAAUAGCAAUAUGCGCACGGGACAAUUGAGUCCGCGACCCUUACCACCCAAUUAUCAAGAUCCUAGAUCAGGACAAUAUCAAGAUGGAAGAAGUGGCCAAUACCAAGCUCAUGAUCCUUACAGGUUUACCCGAUCAACAGCUCAGCCUGUUAUAAAUGAUGGGCGACGACCUCCACCUCAGAAUUUAGAAACUAAAACAGAUUAUGGAAAAUACAGUCAAGCCGCUGAUUAUAAGCACAGUCCCGUAAAACAAUCAGGACCACCUCCUCCGUUAUCACCAGUAGGUUUGGGUCCGCCAAGUGGUGGUUACAAACCUGUACCUCCACCAAAACCUAAAAAUUAUAGACCACCGGUACCAGGUUGGUCUGGUGAGGAAACUGCAUCUCCAAUAAAUAAAAGUUACACACAAAAUGGACAUGCUCAUAAUGGGGAUAUUGUUCCAAGGUCACCGAACGGAUAUGCUCCGAACGGAAAUUAUUACGCAGGCGCAGGCGGAGGUAAUACACCAGGAAAUGGAAAUAUGGGCGGUUGGCCAAUGCACCAAAAUCAUCAUCAACCUCCUCCAGGACCACCUCAUGGACAUGGGCCGCAAAGUGGUCAGGGCUACGGAUAUCCACCAGUACAACAACAAUACACUCAGAGAAUACCUCACGGAAUGCCUAACCAGCAUCUAAGUGAUGGAAGAGGGCAUCAUGGGCCACCUUUAGAUUUAGCAGGAAGUAGAGAACAACGUGGUUCUGCUUUUGAACUGUAUAGAAAACCACAGGCUAUUAGUCACCACCAUAAUAUAAGUGAGCCGGAUAAAAAGCAAAGCAAGAAAUCGUUUUUGAAAAAAUCACCAUUGGCUAACAUCAAAGAUUUAUUUCGCGGCCCAAAAACCCUCCGUCGGCAGAACUCUAUGUGUGAAAAAUCUUCCGCUCCGAAAAUUAAACCGAUUUUACGCCGACAAAACUCAAUGCUGGAAUCUAGGACUAAAUAUUCCGAGUCGCCCAUGCAAAGCAGGCGAGCCAGUGAAGCAAAUUAUAAUUAUAAACAUGAACCAUUUUACCAAAAAUUCGAUACCAUGUCGGACGAUGAACAACAUAUGCGUACUGGUUCAUUUAGAAAGAACCAAGAAGUUAGAUUUCAGGAUUCCGGUCAUGUUCAAGAAAGCCCUUACGCUAAUAGGCUUGAAAUGCGACAACAGUAUGAAGCAAGUCUGAAUGAACCGCCGUACGCAUCCAGGAAGGAGAUUGAUGAAGAAAGACAAAGGCAGCUGAUGUAUCAAUCUAGAAAAGAAGCAAUACAUCAAAGAAAUAUGGAAGCCAAAAUGCGUGUAAAUCACGAUCCAUUAUAUCAGACCAAACAAGAAGCUAUAUAUCAAAGUAAACGUGAAGCCUUAUAUCAAAGCAGAAAAGAAAUGCAGGAUAAAAUUUACAAUAGUAAACGUGAAAUACAAGAAGCCUUAUAUCAUCAAGGGCAAAGAGAAACUUUAUACCAGAGCAGGAAAGAAGCUCUGUAUCAAACUAAACAGGAAAUCUUGUAUCAAUCAAAAAAGGAAGCUUUGUAUCAGACUAAAAUGGAAGCUUUGCAACAUGAACCUCCUUAUCAGUCUCGCAAAGAAGUUUUACAACAAAUGGAGCCGCCGUAUCAAACUAGAAAAGAAGCAUUAUAUCAAAGCAAAUUAGAGGCAUUAAAACAAGAAUCACCUUAUCAAAGUAGAAGGGAAGCACUGUAUGGAACUAAGCAAGAAAUUUUAUCUCAGGGAAGAAGAGAACCUCUGUAUCAAAGUAAAACUGAAGCUUUACAAAAACUUCAAGAUCCGCCUUACCAAAGUAGAAAGGAGUUACGGGAACAGAUAUAUGCACGAAAUUCUCCAUUUCAACAUCGGAAGGAAACGAUAUAUGAAGAAACCCCUGAGGUCGAUGACAAUGAUAUUAAUAAGCGCAAUGACCAAAAUUUCAAAACGCACCAUAUAUCAACGGUAAUCAAAAGAACUGCGCCUCCUACAUCAGAAACGAAUACUGGGGCUUCAAGAACGUCGCUUGAAACACAAUAUACUUCACAGAUGAGUUUAAAGCAACCACCAAACGCACAUAGUACACCAUAUGCUUCCGAUGUCAAUUUAGUCCAACCUCCUGUUAUAUGUAAAGGAAACUUUGACUCUAAAGGAGGUACCUUGAAAAACGAUUCUUGGGGUGUAUCCUUGAUCAUUCCACCUGGGGCUUUGCCAGAAGGGCCUCCUAGAGAGAUUUAUUUCACAGUAACAGACCCAAGACAAAGAAAUGCCGCCGGUGCUCCGCCUCUGGAUUGUGAGAAUGGUGAAACCAUGCUCUCGCCACUUGUGAUGUGCGGUCCUCAAGGUUUAGAAUUUUUAAUACCUGUCAUACUUAACAUUCCUCAUUAUGCAAGUUCUACGACGAGUCUUGGGCUUGCUCUAAAAGCUACCGAUAGUGAAAAGGAUCUACAGACCGGCUGGGAUAAUAUACAAUUGCCUAGCAAUAUAGCUGCUAACGUAGUUUCAGUUAAAGUUGACCAUUUUUAAAAAUAUUUAUUGAUAUUCUAUUUGAGAAUAAGGUGUUUAUUGAAGAUGAAGUCUUUGAACGUGAUGUUAUUUUUCAUUUGAAUGGAAGAAAAGCUGAUUUUGUUUUGUGUAUUUUGUAUAAAAUUAUUGGAAUGUACUUGGUCAUAGAAAAAAAUGUGAUUUUAUAUAACAAGGUAUGUAAGAUGUAUAAAGUUGUGGCAAUCAUUUUCACACAUUUGAUGAUUUAAGUUUGUAAAAGUACCAGAAUGCUUAGAAAUAUUAGAUUA